UUUGAUACAAUAUGGCCGCCUCCUGACUCGAACUUUCGUUUUCCCAGCCCUCAUCAAGACAGUGUUUCCAGCUCUGUCAUCAUGCUUUUGGACCGUAGACCUUCUAGGAGCUCUAACUAAUCUGUUGCUGUUUUGAAGACUGCAUGUAUUAUCAGCGAGAAUUAUGGCCGAAAAAGAAUUGUGCCGUGCACUGGCAAGUGAAUGUCACACCACAGCUUUGAGUGUGCGUCUUCGCGAUUUAAUAAGUCGGAUAGGUCUGCUUGUCGAUCAAGUCAAUGAUCAUGACCAUGUAUCAUUCUGUGAUUUUCUCUGCUUUGAGAGAUGUGCAAGUUUCCUUCCAGAUUCAGACAACACCGUUCAAUACUUUGAAAACUCAGUUCAGGCUCUUGCACCUGUGAUCAAGAAAUCACAAGAUAUUCUAAAAAAGAUGUCCGUGGAUGUGUUCAAAAGAAAGUAUAAUCAAUUUUUUUUGUGGACAGGAAAUGAAAACGUUUUCAUGGAUUGCUUCAACAUGCUCAGCUUCAGCCAUGAAGAGGAGAAUAUUCUAUGUCUGUUGCUGCUGUCAAGUGCCAUAGAAAGGGCUUUAGGAAAUGUAUAUCUUUUGAAAGGCUCCCAGUGCCCAGCCUUACUCAAAGACCUCCUGGCAAGCUCAGAGUUGGGAUCUGUCCUGGGAUCUUCCACAAUUCAGAUACUGCAAGUGCUGAUGGGGCCUCCCAUAUCUUUGAACUUGAGAAAUGUGGCUUGGCAUGGAUUUUUUUCCGAAGGAGAACUUCCACCAAGAUACAUCUAUUUCCUUUUGCAUAUAGUAGCAAGCAUUGGAAAACUGCUGGAGAGUCAGAACAUCCAUGUAGAUGAUAUUCCAUUCAGGAGCUUUGUCUCUCUUGCCAGCACAGACGAUGUAGCUUACCAAUUCCCUCGUAUACCUUGUGAAGCUGAACACAGUCUACAACAGGUCAUUGUUAAAAGUUGGAUGGUGAACCAAACAAACAUGCAUAUGUUCCAGCUGGCAUUCAGGUGUUAUUCUGAAAAAAUGUAUGGCAAAUGUGCUGUUUUGCUCUUUCCACUUCUUGAACACGCCUUACGACGGCUGUUUGUUCUGGCCAACCACUGCCCUGCCAGGUUGAUAACUGCUGAGGCUACAACUUUGUUUACAACAUUUGAGGAGAUACUUGAGAAAAAUUUGUCUGAUGGAACUCAGAACAUGGUUCCUGACCUACUAGGAGAAUCUUGCAUGGAUUUCCUCCAUGAUUUGCUGACUUACCCUUGUGGACCAAGAGCUCGAGACAAACUAGGUCAUGGUGAGGUUGACUUUACGGCAGUUCCAGGAAGUUUGUGUCAAGUAUUGUUGACUCUCCUGGGAUUUAUGGCUGCUAGGUUCACGACUGAAGGACUAACAAGCUCAGCACAGAAUUUGUUGGCUCCGAUUCAGACAAGCUUUGACAACUAUCAGUCUAUCUUCCAUUCCAUUGCCAUCUUGCGCUCUAAGAUGCUGACCUUGUCACUAGACGCCAGUAUGCUUCAAUCAGACACGACAUUUUCACCACUUCUGGAGUCUUGGAAACCAGAGGAUGGACUGGACUGUUUUAUAUCAGAGGAAUCAGUGUUCCCCAGUGUUCACUACAGGCUUCAAAUAUUCAUUGAGAACAUCUCUGAACAAAUGGAAAAGGAUUUUGCUGAUAAAUGGACAGGAGUCAAAGAAAAACUGCUCAUUGCGUUCAGUGAUACGGAAAAAGCCCUUUCAGAUCUAGUCAAGUUCAGAGUCCAUUCUUUAUACAGAUGGCAGAAAGAAGCUACCUCGGAGGCCAGUACUGGUGUCAAGGUCAGCGAGAGUGAGAUAGUCGGACUCUUGACCCGCAUCGUCGGUGAAGUCCUCACAUGUCUGUGUCAGACGAGAGCAGCACUGGUGCUGCGACAGCAACAACUGACUGCCAAGCAACUCCGCUCCAGGCAGAGAGAGAAUUUUAAGAAAUUGUUGGCUUUUGUUCCCAGCAUCAGCUUGUUCUGCCAGUUUGUCCUGGCUCUGUCUGCAUGGUUGUUCUGUCGUCUGGACCACUACAACAACUGGGACAACAAAACGUGCAAGGCCCUACAGAGAUUUCUGAAGUCCGCACUGCAAACAAGUGAAAACCUCAGGACAUUUACAUCCACUGACAAAAACAAGUGGGUAGAAGCAGGGAAGAUAACUCUGUCACUUUUGGAAACUGCUGGCAGUUUCUCCAAAUCAGUUGUAUUGUCCCCCCCAGCUCCUGUCUGAACAACUCAAAAGCACAAGAGUCGUGAUCGUGAUACAAAGGCAAGGGCAGACCAUACCUCCCUAGUUUUACGCUUUUUGCAUAAUUAUUGCACAAAAACGGCCCUAAUUAUGAAAGUAGGCUGAUGCAAAUGUAGGGAAAAUUACACUUUUUUCCCACCCACAAACUCGCCGGGUUGAUGUCUGUAAAAUGCUAAUUAAUUGCGCCAAAUGACGGCGCAGGCUUGGACGCGGCUUGUCACCGGACUGAUUUGGAAUGAUCUCCCGUUCACUUUGCAGUGCUGAGCUCAUGUGUGAUAGGCCCACUAGCAACAUCCGGAUCAGGCCUCUUUUUAAUGAGUACGCGAAAUUUGCCCAAGUCCUCUGAGAUCAUUGCAAUGCGUAUGAUUACACUUUUUUGUCUCAAAUUAUGCAAAAUCAUCUUUUCUUUUACCCAUUUUUGGAUCUUGAACUAGGGAAAUAUGGCUGACUACGCAAAACUUGGCUUAGUGGCCUUAACAGUCCUCCAACAGAAUGACAUGUCAACAACAGAAGCCACCCACCUAGCUGUUGACAGAAAAUUGCACUUCCCCUUGACAUUUAACAAUACAUACAAGAGAAAGGAUAAAGAGAAAGAAAGUACUCAUGUCUGAGUCUGAAGUGAGGCAGUGGACAUUGAUGUCACAUGUAAAACUUUUGUUUGUUUGUCUGUUAUCAGUAAAUGCAUUGGCCGUUUUGGGAAUAAAAUACAGUCACCAGGGCUUUUUUUGCUUGUGAUUGAGAAAUGAAUGAUUAAAAAGAAAGAAGAAUAAUCACUCAUAUUUUUUUGGGGGGUAUCAUAUUUGCAUGCUUAAAUUGUGCAACAAGAUUGCUUGUUAUUUGUUAUUACCAUACUUCUUGUUAUUAUUGAAGUAAAAUAUUUAUAUAUUUUUCAUUUGU